AUGCUGGGCUGGGUCCAGAGGGUGCUGCCUCAGCCCCCAGGGACACCAGUGAAGACCAAGAGAGAGGAGGAGGAGGGGGCAGAACCGGAGCCAGAGUUGGAGCCGGAGCCUGAAACAGCCCCUGAGGAGACUGAGCUAGAGGAAGAGUCCCUGCCACCUGAGGAGGCCUGCGUGGGGAAGGAAGUGGCUGAGGCUGAUCCGGGCCCUCAGGAAACCCAGGAGGCUGCCCCUUCUCCACCCACAUCCCUCCAGGCUCAGGUCGCUGUGGUUCCGGAAGCGAACAGUGGUCCCAGCAGCCAGGUGCUGACCUGGCUCAGAAAGGGUGUGGAGAAGGUCGUUCCGCAGCCCAUCCACAGUGGCAGGCCUGCCCAGAGCACCACUGCUGGCUUGGAGGGUCCAGCUCAGCAGGCAGGAGGACAGAUCCUUGGGCACUGCAGCACUGGGGGCUCAGAUGGACACAGUGAGGCCCCCAGGGCCCAAGACAAUGGGCCCAGGCCCUGGCUGCUCAGGUGGCUUGAGCAGAAUCUGGAGAAAAUGCUGCCUCAGCCUCCGAAAACCUCCGAGGGCUGGAGAGAUGAGCCUGCAGAUGCCGCCUUGGGUCCAGAGCCCCCAGGACCCCCCUUGGAAAUGGAGCCCGUGCCGCAGGCCCAGGAGAGCCCCUCCCUGCCUGCUCCUGCCCCUCCGAAGCCCGAGGAGGAGCCGACUCCAGAGCCCCAGCCUGGCAUCCAGGCCUCCUCCCUGCCGCCCCCACAGGACUCUGCCAGGUUGAUGGCGUGGCUCCUGCACAGGCUGGAGAUGGCCCUGCCACAGCCAGUGAUCCGUGGGAAGGCUGGGGAGCAGGAGCCUGACUCCCCUGUGAUAUGUGACGUGCAGAGCAUCAGCAUCCUCCCGGGAGAGCAAGAGGAGCCCAAUCUCAUCCUAGAAGAUGUUGACCCUCCCUGGGAAGAAGAUGAGCGUCGGGAGGUGAGCAGCAGCCCACAGGGCGCAGAGGCAGCUCCCGCUGAUGAAGAGGAGAGCGAGGUGGCGGAGCAGAUGCCCAGGGAGCUGCCUCAGAUUCAAGAGGAGAAAGAAGACGAGGAGGAGGAGGACGCAGAGGAGGAGGAGGACGGAAAGGAGGAGGAGGACGCAAAGGAGGAGGAGGACGGAAAGGAGGAGGAGGAGGAGGACGGAAAAGAGGAGGAGGUCGCAGAGGAGGAGGACGAAGAGAAAGAGGAGGACGGAAAGGAGGAGGAGGACGCAGACGGAAAGGAGGAGGAGGACGAAGAGGACGAAGAGAAAGAGGAGGAGGAUGGAAAGGAGGAGGAGGACGCAGAAGAGGAGGACGAAGAGAAAGAGGAGGAGGACGCAGAGGAGGAGGACGGAAAGGAGGAGGAGGACGGAAAGGAGGAGGAGGAUGAAGAGAAAGAGGAGGAGGAGGACGAAGAGAAGGAGGAGCCUGAUCACAGUGUCCUGCUGGAUAGCUGUCUGGUGGCGCAGGGUGGCAAGGACCAGAGUGAAGUAGGCGGAACUGAGCACCAGAGCGCCUCACACCAGGAGCUGCAGGAGGAGGCCGCGGCCACCAGCUCAGGAGUACCUGCCACGGAAGAGCACCCGGAAGUGCAGGUGGAAGACGCUGAUGCUGACAGCCAGCCCCUCUACGAGGAGGAGAAUCCACCCUCUCCCGUGCCGCUGCCCCCGUCUCCUGCCGAAUCCGACACACCUGGGGUCCCAAGAUCAGCCACAGGGAACCUCAGGAAGAGGCUGUGCUCCCAAGAUGAUGAGGCUGAAGAGCUCAAGAUGCUGUCACCAGCCGUAUCCCCCGUGGUCGCUUGGUCGGACCCCACCAGCCCGCAGGGCACUGAUGACCAGGACCGCGCAGCCUCUACAGCCAGCCAGACCGGCACCCUCAUCAACGACCGGCUCCAGGAGCUGGUGAAGCUUUUCAAGGAGCGGACGGAGAAGGUGAAGGAGAAGCUCAUCGACCCUGAUGUCACCUCUGAUGAAGAGAGCCCCAAGCCCUCCCCAGCCAAGAAAGCCCCAGAGCCGGCCCUGUAUGUGAAGCCAGCUGAAGCGGGGCAGGUGGAGGAGGAACACUAUUGUGAAAUGCUCUGCUGCAAGUUCAAACGCCGCCCCUGGAAGAAGUACCAGUUUCCCCAGAGCAUCGACCCGCUGACCAACCUGAUGUACAUCCUGUGGCUGUUCUUCGUGGUGCUGGCCUGGAACUGGAACUGCUGGCUGAUUCCCGUGCGCUGGGCCUUCCCCUACCAGAUGCCCGACAACAUCCACCUCUGGCUGCUGAUGGAUUACCUGUGUGACCUCAUCUACCUCCUGGACAUCACCGUGUUCCAGCUGCGUCUGCAGUUUGUCAGAGGCGGGGACGUCAUUACAGACAAAAAGGAGAUGCGCAACAAUUAUCUGAAAUCUCAGCGCUUUAAGAUGGAUAUGCUCUGCCUCUUGCCCUUGGACUUUCUCUACUUGAAAUUCGGUGUGAAUCCCCUCCUGCGCUUGCCCCGCUGUUUGAAGUACAUGGCCUUCUUUGAGUUUAACGAGCGCCUGGAAUCCAUCCUCAGCAAAGCCUACAUUUACAGGGUUAUCAGGACCACAGCCUACCUGCUCUAUACUUUACAUGUGAACUCAUGUCUGUAUUACUGGGCUUCAGCCCAUCAGGGCCUUGGCUCCACUCACUGGGUUUACGAUGGCAUGGGAAACAGUUACAUUCGCUGUUACUACUGGGCUGUGAAGACCCUCAUCACCAUCGGCGGCCUGCCCGACCCCAAGACGCUCUUUGAAAUUGCCUUCCAGGGUCUGAACUAUUUCACAGGUGUCUUCGCUUUCUCCGUGAUGAUCGGACAGAUGAGAGACGUGGUGGGGGCCGCUACGGCGGGAAAGACCUACUACCGCAACUGUAUGGACAGCACAGUGAAGUACAUGAACUUCUACAAGAUCCCCAGGUCCGUGCAGAACAGGGUCAAGACCUGGUAUGAGUACACCUGGCACUCCCAAGGCAUGCUGGACGAGUCAGAGCUGAUGGUGCAGCUUCCAGAUAAGAUGCGGAUGGACCUCGCCAUCGAUGUGAACUAUGACAUCGUCAGCAAAGUGGCACUCUUCCAGGGCUGUGACCGGCAGAUGAUCUUCGACAUGCUGAAGAGGCUUCGCUCUGUUGUCUACCUGCCCAACGACUACGUGUGCAAGAAGGGGGAGAUAGGCCGGGAGAUGUACAUCAUCCAGGCGGGGCAGGUGCAGGUCUUGGGUGGCCCGGAUGGGAAGUCCGUACUGGUGACGCUGAAAGCUGGAUCUGUGUUUGGAGAAAUAAGCUUGCUGGCUGUUGGGGGCGGGAACCGGCGCACGGCUAACGUGAUAGCCCACGGGUUUACCAACCUCUUCAUUCUGGAUAAGAAGGACCUGAAUGAAAUUUUGGUGCAUUAUCCUGAGUCUCAGAAGUUGCUCCGGAAGAAGGCCAGGAGAAUGCUGAGAAAUAACAACAAGCCCAAGGAGCAGAGUGUACUCAUCCUUCCUCCACGGGCAGGCACCCCCAAGCUCUUCAGUGCCGCCCUGGCUGCAGCAGGAAAGAUGGGUGCCAAGGGGGCCAAAAGUGGCAAGCUCGCCCACCUCAGGGCGCGACUCAAGGAGCUGGCUGCGCUGGAGGCGGCUGCAAGACAGCAGCAGGUGCUGGAACAGGCCAAGAGCUCGGAAGACGCAGCAGGAGAGACAGGAUCAGCUACCCCAAAACAGCCUGCGGCCCCGGAGACCCCGGCCCCAGGCUCUCUGCCACCUGCAUCCCAGGGGAGGUCCGAGGGAGAAGAGGGGGGCGCGGCCUGGCCCGAGGAGGGCUCGGUGCGGAUCCACAUGAGCCCAGGCCCGGAUCCCGGCGAACAGAUCCUGUUGGUGGAGAUCCCCGAGAAGGAGAAGGAGGAGGAGAAGGAGGAGGAGGAGGAGGAGGAAGGGAAGGAGGAGGAGAAGGAGGAGGGGAAGGAGGAGGGGGAGGAGGAGGGGGAGGAGGAGGGGGAGGAGGAGGGGGAGGAGGAGGAGGGGGAGGAGGAGGAGGGGGAGGAGGAGAGGGAGGAGGAGGGGAAGGAGGAGAAGAAGGAG